AUGCAGGCUCUCAAAACCCUUGACAUCCUCCGUCCAUCCCGCCCAGCCUCACCUGCUCCCCCCUCCACCGCUCAAGUCACCCACUCCACCGCGAACGGCACCACCCAGCAGCCCACCGUCGCCGCCAACGGCGAGCUCAAAGCGCGCUCCCGCUCCCUUUCCCGCCAGCUCACCGACAAGGUCGUCGGUCUCCACCUCAAUACCGGCGUCACCCCAGUGACAUCGCACGUCACCAGUCCUGAAGGCAUGAACGGCAUGAAGCCUCCUUCGCCUCCCACCAGCCGGCCGGUCACACCACGAGUCCCGCCGCCGGCGUUGCCCGCAGAGGCGGCUGCUCCUGCUGGGGCAUACAUGGAUGCACUGGGACUGAGAUUGAACGAGGCGGUCAACAAGGCGUCGGCGGGCGUGGACUACAAAGCCAAGAAGGGGUUCAAGAAGGGGAACGGGUGGUCUGUGGGGGAAGUAGUGGUCAAGGAGUUGCCAUUCCCACCUAACGAUGCGUAUCUCAUCCGAGCGGUCCUACGUACGGCGGUCCGAUCUCUCUCCAUUUACAUUACGCGGCUCGAGUCACUGCUCCUCCCCGCCCUCACCGACCCAUCCUUCGUCAGCCCGCUCAACCUCUCUUCGCCCUCUCCCCUUGCCCACCCCCUCAACCCGGCACAGCACUACGCGGUCAGCAUUGCCCAUGCCGCGUGGGAAACGUGCGAGGUUCUGGAGCAGGCUCUGGACACUGGCAAGUGGCCCAAGUUUGUCAGCGAGACGCUCAGGCCGGUGAUGGACAAGCUGGACUUGGUGGUUGGCAAGGUGACUCAGCCGUUGCUUAUCAGCCUCAAGCGGGACCUCGUCGCCAGCUUGUCCAAAAGCGAGGGAACCAGUCCGCCUGGCGGGCGUGUCAUCGGUCUCGCUACCAUCCCCAAUCCCACUAUUCCCGGUCCGGACGUUCCAGUCAAGAGAGAGGCGUCUAACCAGCCCGGAACCCGGCUCACCAAGGAGCCGUCUCAGCCUGGCGUCGCUCGCUCCCUCGCCAUCCCGGUGGCGCUGCAGCAUUUCGCAUCCCGCAUAGACCUCAGCCGGAAGGUGCUGGAGAUUGUGGCGGUGCCGUGCGCGGACGAUGGGGAGGCGUGGAUCACGAAUGUUCUGGUGGCGGUGGUAUGGAAGGGCAUGUGUGUCAUGGCGGAGAAGGAGCCAGCUACAUCCAUCGGUCGUCCUCCAAGCCCCAGCAGCGUCAGCAAGGCAUUGCACAGUCUAGGCAAGGAGCGCGACACCACCCCUGCGGUCGUCUCGGAUCGGAUGGCACCGUCGCUUGCCAAGCUCGCCAACCCCCUUUCCAUUCUUCCUUCACGCUCGGCCUCUCGAGCUCCCUCUCCCCCGCGCGCACCUCGCGUCGACCCUGACACGCACGCUCUCAUGAGCCUCGAGGGGCUCGUCAAGCGGCUCGUCGGGGGUCUCGUCCCUCAGCCUCUCGGUCCGGACGUCACUCCCGACCCAAACGCAACCGAGCAUCUCGCUCGGGAGGCACUCCACGAGGCUCUCGAGGCUCUCACCUCCCUUCGCAUCGUCAGCGCGUCCAUGCACGGCCCCAAUGCGUCGGCUCGUACGCUCGCCAGCCUCCGUCGGAUCCGGGACGAUAUCGACGACCUCGCCGAGGAGGCGCUCGAUGAUGCGUGGGAGGACCUUCCUGCCAUCACCGUCUUUGCCAUCCUUUCUCGGCAGGCAAACCUGGCCCUAUCCACCCUCCCCUUCUCGCGCACGUCCGACCAGUCCUCGGAGAAACACCCGAAUGGGCUGGACAAGCUCAAGUUGCGCACAGCGGCGGACGUUUGGAAUUGGCCGAAGGGGGAGUAUGAGCGUCAGGUCCUCUCUGGCUUUGGGGCGGCUGAGGAGUGGGGGCGCCGUGUGGCACAGGCGUACAAGGGCGAGGUGGAGAGGGUGCUCGGGGAGCUGGCAAAGCUGGCGAGCGGGUCAGGGGAGAAGCCGGGCAAAGAGACGAUGGAGGCGGUCGAGUGGACGAGGAGUCUGGGGGUCGCGCUUGAGGCGAGAGGAGGGAUCAAGUUUGGGAUGGCUUAG